AUGCACGAUCAAAACUGGAGCUCACCCUACUCUAGCUUGGCUCUCAAGUGCGCUGCCCUGCCCAACUCCUCGGUGAAUGCAGCCUGUGGUGCUGUCGCCGGUAUUGCUUCUGGCAUCGUAACCUGCCCGCUCGACGUCAUAAAAACUCGCCUGCAAGCCCAGGGUUCCUGGCGCCCACGACACCACGGCAAGGCCACGCGCAUCGUAUACCAGGGUCUGUUAGGCACUGCGCGAGUCAUCUGGACUCAGGAUGGCAUUCGGGGCAUGUACAGAGGGCUCGGGCCGAUGCUGCUCGGUUAUGUGCCCACCUGGGCCGUUUAUAUGAGCGUGUACGACUGGUCAAAGGACUUCUUCUAUACGCGAAUAGAGAACAAAUGGCUUUCACGAGUAUCAGCUUCGGUUGCCGCCGGUGCAUGUUCGACGCUAGCGACAAACCCUAUUUGGGUCAUCAAGACGAGGUUGAUGUCCCAAGUGAGUGCGCGCGCCUCUGACGAACAUCGCCCGCCAUGGCACUACAGGAACACGCUCGAUGCCUUCCGCAAAAUGUACGCCAACGAAGGCAUGCGAGCAUUCUACUCGGGCCUAACACCCGCGUUACUUGGUCUCACUCACGUCGCCAUUCAAUUUCCGCUGUAUGAGUUCUUCAAGAUGAAGUUCACUGGUCUGGAGAUGGGUCAAACGACCUCGUCCGACAACGACAUGCAUUGGUCGGGUAUACUAGGAGCAACGAUCCUAAGCAAAAUCUGCGCAACCUCUGCGACAUAUCCCCAUGAGGUUCUUCGCACCAGAUUGCAGACACAACAGCGUACGAUUCCCUCCGCCUCACACGAGGAUGUAGCCUUCCGAGGAAGUCACCAAGAAGCUCGAUACCUAACAAGGGGUCCAGGCACAGCUUCUUCUGACGGCAUGAUUAACAUCCCUCGGUAUCGCGGUAUGAUGCGGACCAUUACCACAAUACUGCACGAAGAGGGUUGGAGAGCGUUCUACAACGGCAUGGGCACGAAUAUGGUUCGAGCGGUACCGGCAGCUGUCACUACGAUGAUGACAUACGAGACACUGCGGUCGAUGCAUCAAAAGCUCAAGCAGGAAGGGCUGGAGAUGCAAGCUUAG